UGUGGGUGAUUUUGCAAACGUUUAUUAUUUGAAAUUUAAAUAAACAAUGGCCAAAUUGAACAAUUUACUACAAACGUACCGCGAGGACGAUUUCGUCGAGUACUACUUAUUUCCGCAAAUCGAUUCCGAAGAGGAAAAACAACAGGAAGCCCUGCUGGAAGGUAUUUUGGUAAAAGCCAACAGGGUGAUUGAGAAAUUUGCCCGAGGGUAUUUGUGGCACAAAGACCCCGUCCAACUGCUCCCCAGAACCAGCUUGAGUAAUUUUCUGACUCAUAUUGAUGGAAAAGAAGAACGCUUGCCUCCUCACUUAUAUGGAGUCUCCCACUAUGGAGACAACAUCGAAGACGAAUGGUUCAUAGUAUUUCUACUGCAAGAAAUCACCAAAAAAGUCCCAGGAGUCAUUGCUAAAAUCUAUGACUCUGAUGGGGAAUUUCUUCUCAUCGAAGCAGCUGAUUAUUUACCCAAUUGGUGCAAUCCAGAAAUUUGCGACAAUAGAGUUUACAUCUAUGAGGGCAACAUUCACUUAAUCCCACUCCAAAACCCUGAACAAUCUGAAAUAUCUGUAGAAAAAGCCUUGCAAGAAAUUUGGACCCAAACAACCUCAACCUUGGCCCACCAAGACAUACAAAACUCAAUUCGUAAUAAAUUAAGUCUUUAUCCAGAUAAUAUUAAAAGCAAUUUUCAUCAUGCUACAGUCUAUGUUCCUACUGCUCUUGCAGCAAUACUCAAUGCAAAACCUAAUCUUAUUAGUGGAGCCAUUCAAGCUUUUUGCAAUAGAGAUCCAGUUGAUAUGAAGGCUUGUAGAGCCAUGAAGUAUUUCCCUCCAGAACAAAGAGUAAAAACUCGUGUCAAAUUCACUCGCUGUCUCUAUGCUAUGUUGUUGCACAGCAAAUAUGUUCCAGACAGAAAAGUUGGUUGGAACUUACCACCUACUACUAGUAAAGAUUAUAAAGAGCAAAGUCUUGGAGUAAAAAUAGCUUGCGGAUUUGAAAUUUUAGCUGUUCAAGCUAAACCAACUCAAGAUGUUGAAGGUGAUAAAGGGUGGGAUCAAUAUCUCAAAAGCCUGAAAGACAAAGGCUAUUUUCAAGAACUUCUAGAAGGCUCCAAAGACCACACUACUAGACUCAAUAAAGCUAAAGAGUAUUACAUGGAGCAUAGAGACUCAAUCCAUUAUAGUCCUGCUUUAGGCCAAGAAAUUUUAAGCCUUUUAAGAAGUUGCGAAAUUGACCAUGACAAACUACAAAAAUUAGGCCAAAAUUUACCUCCAGACGACAAUGACAGUUGGCUAGACAUAUCCUCAGAAGACCUUGAUAAAAUGCUUCAAGACAGAUAUGGACAAAAAAAGAUUUUCAGGGUAAACGAAUCAACUAAUGCAAAUAAUUUUGCCCAAAAGGUUAACAAUUUCUUGAAUCACGUGUCUGACAUUGAUGGAGCUGAAUUUCCUGAAGAAAGCCCCAUUAGACCACCCAGAGGUCAAAAGAAAAACAAAGUCUCUUUUGAAGACACUAACAAAAAUCAGGAUAAUAAAAACAAAGUCAAUUUUGAUCCGGAUUCUUUUGCCAGUGCCAUACAAAGUAUACUUAAUUUUGUGAUACCAGAAGAUGAUGCUUGGGAGUCAGAGUCUGAUAUGAGCGAGUAUGAAAAUGAUGAGUUUGUUAAGGAAACCGAAUUGAAUGGGGGUGAAGAAGUUAAAAAUAAAAUGGAAAAGUACAUGAUGGAGAUGGACAAGGAAUUAGCUUCAACAACUAUAGGGAAAAGUUUUGAGAAAAAGGGAGAUAGUAGUUUUGAUGAUAUUGAGAAUUUUAAGCCUGUGGAUAUUAAUGUGAAUGCUUUGAAGAAUAUUUUGGAAAGUUACCGGACGCAAAUGGGGGAUGCUGGGCCUUCUAGUACUAUGCUGGGGCCAAUGGGAGUACAUUUAGAUCCCAAAGAAUGAAUUUUUGCUUUAUGAUUAUCUAUAGACUGAUUUGUUUUUUUGGUUGCUUCAAGUGAUUGAAUUGUGGUUUUAACAUCAGGGAGCAGAAAAGAAUUUGUAUCAAUGUAUUAUUUUCUGAACUGCGUUUUAUGCUUACAUUUUCCUACUUUGGUCUCAAAUUUUCCAAUGUUGCAUUGCUUCAUCAAUUUAAAGCCAAUCAAUUUGUUUUGAUUAUUUUUUGGCUUUGCCAGUAUUUUAUGUUCCAAUUAGUUUUAAUGUGAGAUUUUUCAAACGAGCUUCUAAUGUUUCAAAAUGCUUAUUGACUAUUUUAGAGUUUAAAUUUAAGUUUUUUUAGUAUCAAAAUAUAUAAUGCAAUACAUACCUCUAUAAUAUUAUAUGUACUUCUAGUCCUUUUUUUACGAUUGAAAUAUAGGAAUUUAAAAUUUAA